UACACGUUUUCCUUAUCACGUAACGCCAGCUCCAUCGCUUGCUCCAUCCAGCGUCGCCUCUGGGCUGAAAAAAUUUGGCUGAUACCAUAAUCGUGCUAAAUGCCGGGUUGCUUCGCUAGCUGGUACAAGCUGAACUGACGUUUCUGUAGCCAGUUGAGCUGGGUGGGGUUUCCUACGGCUAGCCUAAACGCAGACGUAGAAUAAAGUUGCGAGGCUGGAGAUUAUUUGUAAUUUAGCUAGCUGACUGGACUGUUCACUGGACAAGAAAAGGAGAAAUGGGCAACCGAGUCGCUCGCGACGAUUACGAAUGGGUUUACACCGACCAGCCACAUGCUGACAGGAGAAAAGAAAUUUUGGCAAAAUACCCUGAGAUCAAGUCGCUGAUGGGCCAUGACCCCAGGCUGAAGUGGAUCGUGUGCAUGAUGGUGGCUAUCCAGUUCCUGGCAUUCUACCUAGUGAAAGAUUUGGACUGGAAAUGGGUCCUGUUCUGGACGUACGCGUUUGGCAGUUGCGUUAACCACUCCAUGACCCUGGCUAUCCACGAGAUAUCCCAUAACGCGGCGUUCGGCAACCACAAGGCCAUGCGCAACCGCUGGUUUGCCAUCUUCGCCAACCUUCCCGUCGGCCUGCCCUACUCGGCCUCCUUCAAGCGCUACCACCUGGACCACCACCGCUACCUGGGCGGGGACGGCGUGGACGUGGACAUCCCCACCGAGUUCGAGGGCUGGUUCUUCUGCACGCGCCUGCGCAAGUUCAUCUGGAUCGCCCUGCAGCCCGUCUUCUACGCCAUCCGGCCGCUCUGCAUCAACCCCAAGCCCAUCAGCCAGCUGGAGCUCAUCAACCUGGCCGUGCAGCUCUCCUUCAACGCCGGCCUCUACUGGGUGUGGGGCGCCAAGCCCGUGGUGUACAUGCUGGCCGGCUCCCUGCUGGGCAUGGGCCUGCACCCCAUCUCCGGCCACUUCAUCGCCGAGCACUACAUGUUCCUGAAGGGCCACGAGACCUACUCCUACUACGGCUCCCUCAACCUCCUCACCUUCAACGUGGGCUACCAUAACGAGCACCACGACUUCCCCAGCAUCCCGGGGCGACGGCUCCCUCUGGUGAAGAAAAUCGCUGCGGAGUACUACGAUGAUCUUCCCCAGUACACGUCGUGGGUCAGGGUCCUGUAUGACUUUAUCAUGGAUGAUGAUCUGAGCCCAUACUCUCGCAUUAAGAGAAAGCUGAAGGGGGAGGUUAAACAGGAGUGAGCGCCUGUUCUCCCAUAGCCUGUUCGCUCUAGAGCCACACAGAUCUGCCUGAAACCACCCCGAACUCUGCUUUUGCAUAUUAAUACACUGUAAACAUGUACAAAGACGAGUGUACAAAGUGUGUAGGUGAAGUGUGCGUGUGUAUUCAUAUACAUAUCCCUCUUAUUUUCUUUUUGUCUCCCCACCCCCCUCCAAAAUAAGAACAAUUUUCAGUGUGUUCAACAGUCUGGAAAAUGCCUGCUUUCUUCAUCAGCACUGCAUAUGGUUUGUAUGUGGGAGAGAACCAUACCUCACCCGCAAGCCUGGAUAUAAUUCCAGACUGAACUGGAAUGCAGCUGAAUGCUAAGGUAUUAGUUUUACUUAAAGUGGCCUUAACCUUGUGUGUGACGGCCACUCAACUUCCACGAGUUAUGUGGCCAACCUAGCAUGAGUUAUUUAAUCACAGCACAUUUUACCUGUUUUAUUUCUUUGGGAAUGUAAGGAAGCGCCCGAUUUAUCACAUAAUGCCACUUUUAAUGGCGAGUGGCUUAUCUGAUGCCGAAUUUACUUAAACAUAGUAGCUGUUUCACGAUUAUUCAUAUUUAAUCCCAGUAAGACGACCAUAUUAGUCCCCAAGAUAAUGGGUUGGCCUGCAGUUAGAUUAGUAAAGAGUGUGACCCCUUUGUCCACUGACUUAUGUUGAGUUGAGGGAGCAAUUUUGUAAUGGGGAGUUGAUUGUUUUUUUUAAAAACAUUACUCCAAGUUACUGAUUUCUAAUUCCUGUAUAUUUAAGAUGUAUAUCCUAGUUCCCUGGGUAUAUAUUUUUCCUAUGUGUCAGAUGUGCAAACUGAGAUUGAACAAACAUUUCAGAAAAAAUAGUUUGAUACAUUUUCUUGAAUGUAUCCUAAGAAUUACCUGCCUUCUGUUGUGAGUCAACGCCUAGUACCCCCCCCCCCCAAAUCAAGGUCGACAUGGAGAAGCCAGAGAUGCAGCCCUUCUCUUAACGGUGGGGUGAGGUUUUUUGCACUAGUGAGAAGAGAAGAUUUUCCCAUCACUUUACAGUGGAUUUUGGAGUUUUCUGUCGUAAAUUAAGACGUUCUAAUAUUCUGUCCCCUUAAAAAAAACUCCAUCAUUGAUGUCUCUGCAGAGUCAGAUGGGUUCAUUUUAGGUCAAAGAUCUCCCAGUAAAGAUUUACCUGCUUAAAGAGAAGGGGAAAAAAGACCGAACCUAACAUCUAACAAGUCCACCAUGGCCAUGUGAUUCCGUGGAAUAAUUCAUCUGAUUCUAAAAAUAUAGUUGUGUAGAUAUGGUAUUUUCAAAUUCCUGCCUGGUUGCGCAAGUGUGUGCUGUGCUAGAACUUUCUGCGCAGUGAACCCAGGUAUUUGCAUUCACAGCACUGUGGCUUUCCCACCACAAUGCCUGGAGUGUGAAGCUAAGUAAUUUAUAUCUUUAAAACUAUUUAUUCAUUUGAUGCUUCGGUUUAACACUAAACCUGAGACCAAACGCAUAUGACAAAGACAUUCGGGGGAACUUAAAUGAUAAGUUAUAAGAGUAAACUCUUCCUACAUUAGUUGUAAUACUAUACCUUUGCUGUGAAGGUCUCGUUAGAAAAGUGGGUUGAUGUUCUGGUUGACUGCCAUGAUCCUACACUGUCAAUGAACCAAAUGCAACCCCAAAGGACCAAAAGUUACACUAGCAGAAAUUGGUGGCGUGUAUCCCCCUUUUUGCCACCAUAUGUAAGCACAUGCACUUACACUGUAGACCAGUGGUUUCCAAACUCAGUCCCUGGGCCCACACAUUUAUGCUGGUUUUUAUUCCAACCACAGUUGCUAUUCAAACAUUUUUGCGAGAUGUUCAUUUUUAUUUAUUGGGUGCUUUUCAUCUUUAGAGGGAUUAUUUACCCUCUUAAGCCAAAAUGACAUUCAGAAAUGACAAUCCAUGUCAUGAAGAAUACAAUUCCGAUGUUCAUAUUGUACACUUACAUAUUGCGCUAUAUUGAAUUUUGCUCUUCCUGGCAUGCCGUGCUAUUUCUGACAAUGUGGCUUUAGAGGCUGAACGAACCCUCUAAUCACAACAAGCGUCUAAUUGAGAAAAAUAAAUGAAUAAAAAUAACAAUAAAAUUCUGGGAUUGCAAUUCUGGUUGGACAAACAUCCUGCAUAGGAGGAGUGGGGGGUGCCGCCCUGGACUGAGUUAGUGAGCCACUGCUGUAGACCAAUCAAUAUCUGGGUCCUUAACAUUAGCAAGUCACAAACUGAACGUUGUUUGUGAAUCUCAAAUCUGAAACGGCCUGUUUUUUUCGGAGCUUGCUCUGCUGAGGCGGAGUUGCACAUUUAUCAGUAUUAGUCGAGCUUGGGGAAGCUCUUCAGUUCAGUGAGGAUGCCUCUGUCCGGAGGUUCGUUGGUUAGCUUUGUAUGUUGGCUGUGUGGAUUUUAUGUCUACGGCCAGUUGGUGCAGAUUCAGUUCUUUUCAUCCGUUCAAAUUAGUUCCAUCCUCGCUUUCGCUUUGCUGUAUUAAUUUGAUUUUAAUAAACUGUGCAAAUGA